AUGCUGGCUCAAGACCAAGACGCCACUUGCGCGUCGACAACAAGAGCACUUCCGGGUCCCAAGAACAUGACACGUUCAGCCGAAACUGGGACGCCCAUUGGUAUCGCGAGUAGUUCAAAUCGCAUUCCCAAUGACUUCAAACACACCCCAGAUUUGCGUCUAGUUCAGCCAACAACCCAGAUCAAUGAAUGCAAGCGACCAGUAAUGAGGCGUCGAUUUGCAUUCAGAGUUCAGGAGGGAAUUCCCGGGGUACAACAGGUGGGAACGGUCGGAAGGGGUGGGUUUUUAUAUGGUGCAAACCACCACAGAAUCUGGUGGACCUACCGAUUCGAUGGACUCCACCUUGAGACUGACGUAGCCCUCGGCGAUGCCGUCGAAGAAGGCGGCGUCAGGGGCGUCGCGGACGGCGAGGUGGAGCGCGAGGUGGCCGGUCCAGGGCCAGAGGUCGCGGGAGAAGGUGACACCGACGUCGAGCCAGAGGCCGUUGCGGUUGACUGUUCGCAUAGUCUCGAAGAUCAGAAAGGCGGGGUAGAAAACGCCGCAGAAGCCGAGGAAUCGACCUGUGGGGCGCUGGAACACACACACACGCACACUGGAUGA